AAUGAGAAGAAGAAUUUACCAGUCCGCCUAUCAGAGGAAGAGCUAGUCCUAUAUAUACCCCUCCAAGAGGGACACGGAAUCAGUUCUUGUGGUUGCGUUUUAGCUGUUCGCUUUAUAGUGAUGGCGCGCACAAAGCAGACGGCGCGUAAGUCGACGGGCGGGAAGGCGCCCCGCAAGCAGCUGGCCACCAAGGCGGCCCGCAAGAGCGCGCCGGCCACGGGCGGCGUGAAGAAGCCGCACCGCUACCGGCCCGGCACGGUGGCGCUGCGCGAGAUCCGGCGCUACCAGAAGUCGACGGAGCUGCUGAUCCGCAAGCUGCCCUUCCAGCGGCUGGUGCGCGAGAUCGCGCAGGACUUCAAGACCGACCUGCGCUUCCAGAGCUCGGCCGUGAUGGCGCUGCAGGAGGCGAGCGAGGCCUACCUGGUGGGGCUCUUCGAGGACACCAACCUGUGCGCCAUCCAUGCCAAGCGCGUCACCAUCAUGCCCAAGGACAUCCAGCUGGCUCGCCGCAUACGCGGAGAGCGUGCAUAAGCCCAUUUGGACCCCUCUCAUCUUUGAGAGAAAAAAAUUUAAACAAAAAGGCUCUUUUAAGAGCCACUC